AUGGCGAUCAAAGUCGCUUCACUCUUGUCUCUCUUCUUACUCACUCCAUCCUUAAGCGUAGAUGAAUCUGGCCUCCCGAAGUUUUCUUUCAGUUGGUCGGACGACAAGAACAAGUUUAAAUCUGGUGAAAUCGCCAGAAUCUCGAUCAAAGUUCUUGGAAACUUCGAAACCAAUGGGAACGCUUCGUUAGGACAGGGAGCGUUUAAGCCGACACUUACUGUCAACGGCAAAACUGGGAACAGUACGUACAUUUCUGGUGUUUCUCUGGAUCUUGGUGCCGAUAUUAGCACGUGGAAGAUUUCUUUUAUUCCCAUCGUUGUUGGGGUUCUCAACAUCGUUAUAGAUGAUGAAACUUUCAAAGUCCUAGAUUCGUCGUUACAUUUUGAAGUCGAACCAGGGUUAAUGCACCCAUAUGUCUCUGUUGUUUCAUGGAUGGGUCUUAACAACGUGUUUGAAGCUGGGACGAAUGCAUCCAUCUUGAUUCUUCCAUUGGAUGCAUUUGGAAACAACAUCUCCUUUUCCGGGAAGGAGAUGGAGCUGCAGGGGUUUUCCUUGUCCCUUCAGAAUGAAAACGGUUCAUUUGCUACCAUUUUUAAUACAACACACAUCAGAUGGAUGGAGUCUGGUUAUAUUUCCAUUGAGUUUGUUCUUGUCACCGCUGGAAAAUUCUUACUGCUUGUGGAGAAAGAAAGCCAAACCCUGAACGGUGUUCCACUACCUCUUGAGGUUAAUUCAGGGCCUCUAGAUGUUUCAAACUGUGUGAGCAUAUGGAAGUCAGAUCUAAACACAUGGCAGAUAUUUUCCAAAAUGGAGAUCAUGUUACACCAGAGAGACCGGUUCGGAAACCUAGUAUCUGGAUUUUACGAGUUUGAUGCUGAUGUGGUGGGGAAAGAGACUGGCUUAUCCAUACCAGUAGCAGAUUUCCAGUUUGAGUAUGUGGAUCCAGGGAUCCAGUUGAUGUCUUUCACCUUGUCUGAGCCAGGAAGCUUCUUGAUCACUCUUUCUGAUAUGGAGCACAAUAAGAGCAUCUCUAGUAUGCCUUAUGAGUAUACAGUCUAUAUAGGCUAUUGUGAUGGAGCAAGAAGUAUUGUAAAUGGUUCAGGGCUCAAUGCUUCUAUUGCUGGAGAGCCUCUUGGCUUUUUUAUAUACCUGAAAGAUGCUUAUGGUUAUCCCUCAUCAGUCCAAGUGGAUAUACUUCAGGUUAGAAUCAUACAAGAGGCUGAUUCCUCGUAUGUUUUGCCAACCAUAAAGCCAAGAGAGACCCUCAAUGGUACAAAAGUAUCAAGUUACAGAGCUGCUACACCGUUGUAUGAGAAACACGGCGGAGAAGUAAGUAGUGCCUUACUUAAUCAGGCAAGCGUCUUUGAUGUAACUUAUACUCCAAGACAGAGUGGAGUUUAUAAAAUCUUUAUAUCCUCUGGGAACAUAGUCCUCAAUGGAGGCCAACCUUUCAUCAAGGAAGUUAAAGCAGGUGAAGUGAAUGUGGCAUCUUGCAUUGUAACCCAAUUCAAUGCAAAAGUGCCAAAGGAAAUCAAGAAUGAUAUUGUGGUCUUACUAGUGGACAUCUUCAACAAUCCUGUGCCUUCACAGCCAUCUCGGUUAAACCUUGAGAUAACCUCAACUAACACAUCAAGUUUCACUACAUGGAACUUUGUCGAUAACACUGAUGGGACAUAUAUUGGUAGCUAUCUAGCCAUGGAUGUCGGUACUUUCCGGAUGUGUGUAACCUUUGACGAUAAACAUAUCCAACCUUGCCCCUUUGACGUCAAUGUGUACAGCAGUGGAUACUUUCCAAAGGCCUAUGAUGAUGAAGUCAACGUGUGGGAAGAUGAGUCUAUCUCUUUCUAUCCUCUGGAAAACGACUACGUUGCUGGUGACAAUGCGAGCCUUGUUGGUUUUUCACAACCAGAUCAUGGUUCUCUUCUGAGAGAUGGGAACCUUCUUAGAUACACACCGAUCAAGGACUUCUCUGGAAACGACUCCUUUCUUUACACAAUAGUCGAUAUCAAUGGAAACUUAGGCAUAGCUACAGUUUACAUCAUCAUCCUCACUGCUCCUCCUCAGUUUGUAUCCUUUUCUGGAGGAUUACAAGCAACUGAAGAUGUAAUUAGUCCUAGAUCAGGUGGCUUCUCUGGUCUGGAGAUAAGCUACUCAGACAAGCUGGAGAACAUUUCAGUCGCUGUACAAGCAUUUUCCGGAUCGGUUAUUUUGUCUCCAAUGCUGAUGCAGUUCAGGUUGCCUGGUAGUGGAAGACUCUCAGUUAGAAAUGGUGGUGAAGAUGGAAGGCUUUUGAUCUUAGAAGGACAAAUAGGAGUUAUCAAUCCUGCACUUCACUCAAUACAAUAUCUAGGGAACGAGAACUUUUCUGGUGUUGAUUCUCUUCGGCUUACUACAAGGAACAAGAAUGGGAUUAAUCAACUAGAUGUUCCUGUCUUUGUGGAACCUGUGAAUGAUCCACCGUUUAUAAAUGUUCCUCACUAUAUAAUGCUUGAGAGUAAUGGGACAGAGUCGCUUAUCUUCCACAAGGAAACAGACAAGUUCAACUUCUCAGUUGGAGAUCCAGAUCUUGCUGGUUUCCCUGGUGGUGAAUCUCAUUUCUUAGUAACGUUCUCGGUGGAGGUUACUGACGGCUUUCUUCGGACAAACUUACCGUCCGAGCUUAUAAACUCAACCGAGCUAAAGUUCAAAAACAUAUUCAGGUGGCAGCCAAUUCAGACUUACGCUUCCAUUUCUAAACACGUGAAUGUCAAAGCCAGUGGGAUCAGGUUUCGUGGAACGAUAAAGCAAUGCAACGACCUAAUGGAACGGCUUCUUCAUCACGGAGGCGAGAACGGGGCUAUCUUGACCUUGAAAAUGAGUGACAUGGGGAAUUACGGGUGCUUUCUUGAUUGCGCUGAGAGAAUUUCACUGCCUUUACACGCGGUGGCUCGCGUAAUCCUUAUUAGAAAGAGACCCUUAAGUUCCCUUGCAGCUCAUGUUUUAGGAUCUGUGAUUGUGGUGGAGUCUCUAGUGGUAUUCUCUCUCGCUAGUAUACUUCUGUUCUUCACUUGCAAAUGCGCAUUUCUUCUCCUACACGAGAGAAGAAGCCAACAUAGUGUUCACUUGAAUCCGCAGAAACCAACGGUGGACAAUGCCAAAUUGUUAAAUGACAAUGUUUCAACAAGAAUUGUCACUCGUCGUUUCCCGGAGAGUAUCUGGAAUCGCCAUGCACCCAACAGACAAGUCGGCGAAACUUCUGCCACGCAGAACAAUGAGUUGCCAGAGAUUAACAUUGUUCCGUUCGAGCUAGAGAAAGGCUAGAAGUUGAUGAAUCUGAGCCAUCAUGAUGACAUACCCGUGCAACCUAGUGACACAUACAAUCAAGU